CUGGCGUCGGCCACGGGCCCCCUCAGGGCGUCGGCGGCCUCCGCCUGAACUGGUUUCUGAGUCUCAUAGGAUUCUGGGCAGCCAACAGCUAGGAAUCAAGUUAACAAUGACGACUACCCUGGUAAAGUCAGAUGAAUACAAAAAUAAGCGUAAAAAAGAAGCAAAGAAUGAAACUUCAGGAACUGCACAAUUGGGUUUUUUUGAAAAAAAUGACCCGACUCCUGAAAGCUCCCAGAAAUUUCAUAAAAUGGAUACUCUGGAAACCAUUUUAAAGGAUACAGGCAAAGAAAUCAAUGCUCUAUUAUCAAAGUAUGCACAAAUUUUGAGUGAGAGAGCAGCAAUGGAUGCUUCAUAUGUAGAGGAGCUUGAAGGAAUCCUGAAAGAAGCUUGUUCUAUAGAAAAUCACUUGAAGCUGAAAAGAGAGAAUUUAAGGCACAGUUUUGCAGCAAUUGCUGGCCCUCUACAAAAUGAAGAGGGUGUAUCUGGCAAAUGAUUUAAGGCAUGCACUUACUUGUUCUGUUGUAUGGGGGGAAAGCCUUUUAAUUUCCAUGACACUUAUACUUCCUUUUUUAUUGAUUGGGAAAGUAGUUCACAAUUUCAAAACAGUAUAACUUAAAAGGAGCAUCAGUAGUUUUAAUUCCAUUAUAAUUAAGAUGCUGGUUUAGAACAGUUAUGUAGGACUGCUUUUCUAUGGAAAGGCUUAUCAACCUUUUUUGGAAUGACAGAAUGGAGAAAAAUCUGGUGGGCUUCAUCUAAAGCAUGUAAUUUCCAGUGAGGAGGACCAUACCAUGAACUUGACUUUUUUUGACAGAUACCUAAUCUAUAUUACACGCAUUUGAAUUUCAUUUCCAUAGGAAAAAGUUAUGUGGCUGAGUCAUAGUGAAAUCUUGGCAUAUAAACCUUUCAUUUUGGCUGGGUUGUAUUCGUUAUACUUUGAGAAACUUAUAUAUAAGACUAAAAACUUGUUUUCCCUAAAUAGUUUUAGAAAGUGAUGUUUUUCUUUCCUUAUAUUUUAUUAUUGUGUUCUUUUUUCCUUUUGGAAAAAGAAUUCUAUUUUAUAAUGUUGGUGACUUGAAAUGAAAAUAAAAUACAAAGGAAGAAAAUUGUAAUAAUGUUCUUAUUUUGCUUGUGCAUUAUAGACCUCCCAAAAUAAAAUCAUGAUUUGAUGUUAAUCUUAUGGGAUAAUUAUACAUAUGUAUAGGUAUUAUGAUUAAACUGUUCAUUAUAUUUUCCACCUCCAA